GUCAAACUAUUCUACUUGGUAGCUAGCUUGGCUAAGAUAUUAUAUCCUCUAUAAAUACAUAUAUACGUGGAUGAAAGCUAAUAUCACCAAAAACACUUCCAAACAGCUCAAUUAUAGCUAGAAUCCAUCCAUACAUAAUCCAGCUCGCUGAAGUAUACCAUCAUUUCCACUAAUGGCUUCCAAUAGCUACUUCAUCAUCAUCUGGUCAACUCUCCUUUGCUCUCUAGCAACGACGGGGUUUUCCCAAAAUCUGUCCCCAUAUUUCUACCAAAAUGUGUGCCCUGAGGCUCUCCCGACCAUCCGGCGCGUCGUGUGUGACGCUGUCAAACAAGAGCGCCGGAUGGGCGCUUCCUUACUGCGUCUUCAUUUCCACGAUUGUUUCGUUAACGGAUGUGAUGGAUCGAUUCUGUUGGAUUCUUCUUCCACCAUUGACAGUGAAAAGAACGCUGUGCCCAAUGCCAAUUCAGCUCGGGGCUUUGAAGUCAUUGACCAAAUAAAGUCAGAAGUAGAUAAAGUGUGUAAUGGCCCAGUCGUCUCUUGCGCUGACAUUUUGACCGUCGCUGCCAGAGACUCCGUAGUUGCGUUAGGAGGUCCAUCUUGGAUAGUGCCACUCGGGAGAAGGGAUUCCACCACCGCUAGUAGAACUACAGCGGACAGUGACAUUCCUGCACCAUUCAUGGAUUUGCCUGCAUUGAUAAGCUCUUUCACAAAGCAAGGACUUGACGUCAAAGACUUAGUCGCACUUUCUGGUGGCCAUACUCUAGGCUUUGCCCAAUGUAAGAACUUUAGAGAUCACAUCUACAAUGAUACAAACAUUGACAAGGGCUUUGCAGCACAACUUCAAACUAUAUGUCCACGUGUUGGGGGCGAUUCAACCCUAGCUCCUCUUGAUGCCGGUCCUGCCAUUUUUGGCACAAAAUAUUUUAAUAGCUUGGUGGUAAACAAAGGACUUCUACAUUCUGAUCAACAAUUAUUAAAUGGUGGUCAGACUGAUAGCCUUGUCCGGACAUAUGGAGGAAACCCUCGCAUUUUUUCAAGUGAUUUCGCUCAGUCCAUGAUUAAGUUGGGUAAUAUUAAACCACUAACCGGGAACAAUGGUCAAAUUCGGAAGAAUUGUAGGAUGGUGAAUUAAAUUGUGAUAAGUUUAAGUAUGAUCAAUAGCCUUGUCCGGACAUAUGGAGGAAACCCUCGCAUUUUUUCAAGUGAUUUCGCUUAGUCUAUGAUUAAGUUGGGUAAUAUUAAACCACUAACCGGGAACAAUGGUCAAAUUCCGAAGAAUUGUAGGAUGGUGAAUUAAAUUGUGAUAAGUUUAAGUAUGAUCAAUAGAUGCAUGCAAUGUGAUCAAAUUCUGUAUCUUUUACAUUUAAACAAAGAGUUUAUGAUGUUAUCCACAAAAGUGGAGAACUAAAUUCUUUCGCUUGGUUUUUCUUGUAUUGGAAAGGCUAAAACUUUUUGAUUCGGUUCCAAUGUAUUACGUGUGUUAUUACAGUAUUUUAAUAAAUUAUUGUGUUUCAACUUUCUAUUCCAUUUCCAAUAAGCUGAAAUAUAUGAACUGUGUACAUUUCC